UCGCGUAGCCGCCGGAGAUUCCAGCGCCUGACAGCCAAGACCCCGGGCAGCGGUGAGUGGCAGCAACGCCGGGAAGGGUGCUAGCAGCGGAGCCCGACCCGCGGCCGAGAUCCCUGGGGAGCGGCUGCCGCCGAGGCGGGUCGUGAGGGCGCGCAGCCCGCUGGCGGCCAGACCUGAUUUGAAAUAUCUAGAUUAUUCUAAAAUGGCUGGGUUUUUAUCUGAAUAAGUCAAAGAAGCCAUCCAGGAAGUCAACAUCAGCUGCGUUUGAUGAGACAAAUUCAACCCAGGCCAUCAAAAUGAUGCUCAACUCUUCUACCGAAGAUGGUAUCAAAAGAAUCCAGGAUGACUGUCCCAAAGCUGGAAGGCACAAUUACAUAUUUGUCAUGAUUCCUACUCUGUAUAGCAUCAUCUUUGUGGUGGGAAUAUUUGGGAACAGCUUGGUGGUGAUUGUCAUUUACUUUUACAUGAAACUCAAGACUGUGGCCAGUGUUUUUCUUUUGAAUUUAGCAUUGGCUGACUUAUGCUUUUUACUGACUUUGCCACUCUGGGCUGUCUACACUGCUAUGGAAUACCGCUGGCCCUUUGGCAAUUACCUGUGUAAGAUUGCUUCGGCCAGUGUCAGUUUCAACCUCUAUGCCAGUGUAUUUCUACUCACGUGUCUCAGCAUUGACCGCUACCUGGCUAUUGUCCACCCGAUGAAGUCUCGCCUUCGACGCACAAUGCUUGUAGCCAAAGUCACCUGCAUCAUUAUUUGGCUGCUGGCUGGCUUGGCCAGUUUACCAGCUAUCAUCCACCGAAACGUAUUUUUCAUCGAGAACACCAACAUCACGGUUUGUGCUUUCCAUUACGAGUCCCAAAACUCAACCCUCCCCAUAGGGCUAGGCCUGACCAAAAAUAUACUGGGCUUCCUAUUUCCCUUUCUGAUCAUUCUUACAAGCUACACUCUUAUUUGGAAGGCCCUCAAGAAGGCUUACGAGAUUCAGAAGAACAAGCCAAGAAAUGAUGAUAUUUUUAAGAUCAUUAUGGCAAUUGUGCUUUUCUUUUUCUUCUCCUGGGUUCCCCACCAAAUAUUCACUUUCCUGGAUGUGUUGAUUCAGCUGGGGGUCAUUCACGACUGCAGAAUCGCAGAUAUCGUGGACACUGCCAUGCCCAUCACCAUCUGCAUAGCUUAUUUUAACAACUGCCUGAAUCCCCUUUUUUAUGGCUUUCUGGGGAAAAAAUUUAAGAAAUAUUUUCUCCAGCUUCUUAAAUAUAUUCCCCCGAAAGCCAAAUCCCAUUCAAAUCUAUCAACAAAGAUGAGCACGCUCUCCUACCGCCCCUCAGAUAACGUGAGCUCAUCCUCCAAGAAGCCCGUGCCCUGCUUUGAGGUUGAGUGACAUGUUCAAAACCUGUUGGUGAAGCAACUUUGUCAAAGAAGGAGCCAAAGAAACAUUCCUGCACAGCACUGCGCUACCAAAUGAGCAUUAGCUACUUUUCAGGAUGUAAGGAGAAGUUGGAUCAAUUGGACUGAACCGGCUUGUCUACAGCUCGAACAAAAGCUUUCCUUUUCUUUAGCAACAAAACAAAGCAGAGCCACAUUUUGCAUUAAAUACAAGAUGGCUGCUCAAAGAAUGAUGACAGAAACUGGACAAAUGUGUUGAUUUCAGAAAUUUUGCUGGCGGAAAUGCAGUCUCGCCAGUCUUCUCUUGUUCUAUUAUUUUUGAUUUCUAUAUAUAAAGGUAUUUAGAGGAAGUGAAAUCUACAGAGCAGCAACAGGAGAUCACAGUUCAGGAUUGUUCUUUCUGCCCAAUUUCCAAGGGGCGAUGAAGCUUUUAUGCCUGUUUAGCCAUUAGCAACUGUGACCCACUUGUACCUGCUCCAAUGCAUUUUGUGCAAAAAUCUGCUAAGCAGUAGUUGUCAAGUUUCAGAACCUUUUGUGAAAUUCAACCAGAGUCAUAAAGAUUCACACUGCCAAAAUAAUGGUGGCAGAAUGGCUUCUUGCAAAAUGGUGUUACUAAAGUUACGUGUAAGAGUUAAAUACUAGCAAAGGUGUCACUCUAGUCCCAGGGAGUUGUGUUCUCCUGGUCAUAUUAGUCUUAUUUCAUAUCUGAUAACUGUAUAUAGUUUAUAGUAAAAAGAUUAUAUAUCGUAAAGUAUGCCAAGCUGUUUCAACAAAGUAUAUAUUUUACAUACACAUCUAUAUGUAUCAAUGUCGUUAAACUGUUGUUACUUGAUUCAAAUCUAGCAAAGCUCUAUUUACCUUAAAUAAAAUAAUUGUAUUGUACUGUA